AGGAGCAUGGUCUCCUGCGUCUCUGACUGGGAAGUCCCCAUUGUUGAGGUAGCUGAGAUUCGUGGUUUGUUCAAAUUCAGGCGGGGCUUCGUUGAUACAGAGGCAGAUAUGGCGAAUCAGGGGGCCAAGAAACGCAAGGAAGAGAACGCUCGCCACAUGGCUAGGCUUCGCUUCAUCAUUAUUGCCUGCAAUGCUAUCUAUGUCUUGAUAAGGAUGUUGGUCUUCCAUUCGUCUUUCACCUGGAAGCAUUGGAUUGGCCUGGUUGUGACAUCUCUAGCAUAUUUCAUUCCCUAUCAACAACUUGCUAAAAUGGCAAAGCCUUCAUAUGCUGAUGAUGGUGAGCUUUUAGAUGGUGGGUUUGAUAUGAGUACUGGUGGAGUUUGUGGCUAUUUACAUGAUGUGAUCUAUAUUACAUGCUUUGUGCAAGUCAUGUCCAUCAUCUCUGGAAAAUUCUGGUACACAUAUCUUGUGAUACCUGCUUUUGGAAUAUAUCAAUCCUUUGGCUUGAUUAAAGGAUUUCUGUCAUCAGGUUCAGGGGAAUCAUUUGAAGAUGAAAAGACCCGUAAGAAGAGAGAAAAGAUAGAGAAGAAGGCGUCCAGAGCCAAGUUUGUCAAGACAAGAACUAGAUAGUUUGUUUGCAUGGCUUGGAAAGUAGAUGGACAGCCUAAUCUUAAGAGGCCAACGUGUAAGCUGCGGGAACAACUGUCAACCAAGUCGAUCAAAUGACUUGAAACGUUGUGGACGUUAAAUGCUGUUGAACAUGAAACUUCGAGGGAUGUUAGAAUCACUAAAACAUGAAAAUUCAUAUAAUCAAAUAUAUUGUUUCUUGACAAUAAAUAAACUUGAUCUGAGUCCACAUCUAGUUACAUACA